AUGGCUGAGAGGUUCCGCAACAUGCAGCUCCAGGAUGAGCUUGAUAUGUAUGAUGACAACACUGACCUAUUUGUGGAAAUACCUUACCUUAAAAAGAGAUCCAAAAUUGUUGAGAUUAUUGCAGCAAAGGAUAUUAUAUUUGCCAUUGCUCAAUCUGGGCUUGGUGCUGCUUUUAACCAAAUAUCAAGCAAGCGCAUAGCCUUCUUGAACAUAAGCCCAGAUGAAGUGCUCCGGAGCCUUUUCUACAACAAGAGCAACGAUUCGCUCAUUACUGUGUCAGUUUAUGCAUAUGACAGUUACAGCACAAUGAAGUGUCGAACGACACCGAUUGAGUAUAUAAGAAGAAAUCAGUUAGAUGCCGGGCUUCCUCUAUUUGAAUCAGAAAGUUUUAAGUGGCCUGGAUUUGUGGAGUUCGAUGAUGUAAAUGGCAAAGUACUCACAUGUUCAGCAACUAAUGGUAUCUAUAAGGUCUUUGACUUGAAGAACUAUUCCUUUCUAUACUCAAUACCGGAUGAAAACAUCCAGGAUAUAAAGAUGAGUAAAGGAACCAUUCUCUUGAUAUAUGAUAGAGCCCUGAGUCAUGUUCCAUUGAAGAUAUUAUCAAUUGAAGAUGGGAAGCCACUGAAAUCUGUUAAGCUCUGGUUGCACCCCAACAAGAAAAUUAAUUUUAUUGAGCAGUUGAAUGAGAAGCUCCUUGUCAAGCAAGAGGGCGAGAACCUUCAGAUAAUUGAUGUGUGGAGUUCUGAGCUAAUUGAAGUUAGUGCCACCAAGUUUAUGACCCCUUCAGCUUUCAUUUUUAUAUAUGAGAACAAUCUCUUCUUGACAUUCCGAAACAGAACGGUCGCUGUAUGGAACUUCCGAGGAGAACUUGUGACUUCAUUUGAAGACCAUUUGCUUUGGCAUCAUGAUUGUAGCACCAACAAUAUUUACAUCACUAGCGAUCAGGAUCUUAUUAUCUCAUACUGCAAAUCUGAAGCAGUGGCUGAGGAUGGUACAGUUACUCCAUUUGGAUCCAUCAACGCGAGCGCGAUCAUGACGGGCAAGUGCGUUACUAAGUUGUCUGCCAACAACCUCAGCGUCGUCCCUCGCGGAAACAGUAACAGUAACAGCAAGCGGUCCUUGGUCCAGAGCAGCGUUUCAGAAGCGCUGGAGGAUGUCACGGCACUGUUGUACAACGAGGAGAGGAACGAACUCUAUACCGGCAACAGUAAAGGGCUGGUGCAUGUGUGGUCUAAGUCUAACAGGCCACAGUCUAUUUGUGCCAAACUGUGA